UUCGCCGCUAAUAUCUUCAGUUACGACGCAGCUGCCGGUGUGCUCGGACGAUUUUACUUGACGUAUAAAUUUUUCAGACGCGUUUACUUUACUUUGUGCGCUCGUGUGAGUCUCGCGAUUACAUUUCCUCUAGAGACAAAAUGAAACUGUAUUCCGUUUCGGACGGCCCGCCGUCUCUCGCAUGUCGAAUGCUGCUGAAAGCUCUGAAGAUCGAUUUCGAGCUGAUUAACGUGGACUUUGGGAAAGGCGAGCACAUGACUGAGGAGUAUGAGAAGCUCAAUCCGCAGAAGGAGAUACCCACUCUCGUCGACGGCGAUCUCGUGAUGGGCGAAAGCAACGCGAUCUUACAGUAUUUAGCCGACCAAUAUGACACGAGCGGCAAAUUGUAUCCGAAGGACAACAAGCUGCGAGCGAUCGUCAACCACCGUCUGUGCUUCAAUUUGGCGCUUUAUUACCGCAAUAUCUCCGAAUACGUGUUGGCACCGAUAUUCUUCGAUUAUCAACGCACCCCGCUCGGUCUGAAGAAAACGAAGAUCGCGUUGGACAUCUUCAACACGUACUUGCAGCGCGGAAACUGCGAGUAUGCGGCGGGCGACAGUUUGACAAUCGCCGAUCUGCCGCUGAUAGCCUCGACGAUCUGUCUGGAGGUCAUCGACUUCAAGUUGAACGCGUGGCCUCUCGUGGCAAAGUGGUAUGACAAUUUCAAGCGAAAGUAUCCCGACCUUUGGGAAAUAGCGCAAGGAGUGAUGCGGGAGCUCAGCUACUUCGAGAAACAUCCGCCCGACAUGUCCGAGAUGGACCACCCCAUACAUCCGGUGCGCAAGAGCGCGUGAAGAACUCCCGCAAGGUCACGCCAAGUUCAAACGGCUCGUAUCUCGAUUCUUCAGCCGAAACGAAAAAUAGCCGAAGCAAAAGAAAUAUAUAACCAUAUUACCGUACAUUA